AUGCCUGAACCCGUAAAGCUAUACGUCUAUGAUCUCAGCAGUGGCAUGGCGAAGCAAAUGUCUCUCCAGUUGACAGGCAGACAAAUCGAUGGCAUAUGGCACACGUCCAUCGUGGUUUUCGGAAAAGAAGUAUUCUACGGUCAAGGCAUCGAUAUAACUCCUCCAGGCCGAUCUCAUCAUGGCAAUCCCCUUCACAUUGUUGACCUCGGAACAACUGACAUAGAUGAAGCAACAUUCAAUGAAUAUUUAGAAGAGAUGAGGGAGCAUUAUACAGCUGAUAAGUAUCACCUCCUAGAAUUCAACUGUAAUUCCUUCACCAAUGACUGUGCUGCUUUCCUAACGGGAGGAUCUAUACCUGAUUUCAUCAAAGAUCUUCCAUCUGACUUUCUUUCUACUCCUUUUGGUGCCGCUCUACGACCGACAAUAGACGCUAUGUAUAGGCGUCCUGGAGCUAUGCAACCACCUCUCCCGACUAACGCUGCUCCAACCUCAAUGGCAACUCCCAAUCCUGAGUUGGCGGCCUCUAUCCUCCAGGCUGUUGCCGCUCAGGCUCAGCAAGGCAUGCUACCUUCAUCCGCCCCUCCUCUACAGGCUACAGAAUCCUUGGUAGCCCCAUUACAUCAAAUAACCAAUUCUGCUUCUCUCCAGAGUUUAUUACGGACGCACAAAGCCGUGGUGGUAAAUUUCUCCGAUAUGAUAACAUGCCCUCCCUGCCGAGUAAUCGCUCCUGUAUAUGAACAACUCGCUCAUGAAAAGGGCGUCAAAACCGUCAGUGGAGCGGGUGCUGCUUUCGCAAAGAUAGAUCUCUCUACUCCCCCCGGGAAAGCACUGGGAGCCGAAUGGAGUGUUAGAGUCAUGCCAACAUUCAUGUUCUUCUUAGAUGGAAAGAAGGCAUGGUUUUCGGCUUUUUGCAUAUCUGAGAUGAAAGGUGCUGAUGCCAACGAGCUUCGAUCCCAAAUAAACCUGCUUCUAUUCCAAGCCUUCCCGCCCCAUCCUCACAAUUCCCUAUCGCUUCCAGCCAUGCAGGCCUUGUCGCUCAACCCGAUAUUGUUUACUCAAGCACCCGCGCUAGACACCGCUGCGAACAAACUUAUGUCCUUUGUUACUUCCACGCAAUGGUCUCCAAAUUUUACUCAAAGCCAAACCGACGUAAAACAGGUCCUAUUCAAUACAGUGUUACCGUACCUCAAAUCUCGUUCGAAUACACCUCCUUUGUCAGCAAAUCCCAUUCUCCUGGCAUCCUGGGCAAAGACCACGUCUACACUAGUACAAGCACUUCCGCUGGAAUCACUCUUCCCUCUAGUCGAUAUGUGGCGCUUAGCAUUAUUGGACAGCAGUGUCGCAACCUGGUGUGCUGCUCAGCAAUCCACUCCCAACACCACGCCCAUCCACUUAUUCUUAUCCAAAGUGAUUUCUUCCGUAGCUAGUGCACCUCGUGCAUAUCUCCUAACUUUGCUGCGUCUCCUCUCAAACACCUUUUCCAGUCCAGUCCUCGCACCGCAGCUCCUUCUAGGCCAAGUUAAAUUUUCAAUGACGGCGUUACUAGUUUCAACUUUGUUACACGAAGACGCCGGUGUGAGAACUGCUGCGGCGAGCUUGGUGUUCAACGCUGCGGCAUUUUUACAGAAAGGAAGAGUGGAUGCUGUGAAAAAUGGUGGUGGAAGUGGGAAGAGUGACAUCGAAGAUGAGGAUUGGGAAGUAGAACUGGUGAGUGCGGUGGUGGAGGCUAUUGAUAGGGAGAAAGUCAACGAGGAUGUUGUGCAUCGUUUGACUGCUUGCCUUGGCUGCCUCCUGCGGCUUUCUCCCUUCUAUCAAUCCCAGAUGACAUCUCUCCUUGAGGUGCUUCAGGCGAAAUCAAUUCUCAAGGGAAAACUAGCGAAGGGAGGAUGCGGAGAGAAUGGAAUCAGUAAAAAAGAAGUGAAGAAGUUAUUGGAGGAAAUAGCAGAUAAACUUUGUCCGUGA